AUGACUUUCGACGGAGUAUUGAAAAUUGCUGACCUGGAAGGGAUGCUUGAAAAUAACGUCAACAUGGCAAAUUUCAAAGCUGGUACCCCUGGAUUCACCCCACCUGAAGUUCUUAUAAGUACCUCAACUUUGGCUGUGAACAUCAGUAUGGAUUUGUGGUCGGCUGGCAUAACUCUGUUUGAAAUAUUGACAAACGUCAGUAAAGACCUUAUUGACCAUGUCAAAAUGUCUGAAAUAAGAUCUAUUACUAAUGUUUUCGGAUGUGUUGCUGGACCAUAUCUGUCCAGUUUACCUGGUUACGAAGAAUACUAUGAAUGGGCCAAAUUUUACGAGGAAAGAAAUCUUGCAGACACACUGAGAUUACUGAUGGCAGAGAACACUCAAGCCGAAAUGGAUAUAAUUGAGAAACUUUUGAAAGUGGAGCCGUCUGAGAGAGCUUCAGUCAGUCAACUGCUCGAAUCUGAUUUUUUUCUGUUGAGCCCCUUCCGUCUGCAGACUUGA